AUGGGCGCACCGUACCAUCCGGCAACCAACGGUGAGGCAGAGAGAUUCAUCCAAACGUUCAAGGGCAAGAUGAAGGCUCUCAACUGCGACAAGUCGAGAAUGCACGCGGAACUGUGCAACAUCCUACUCAGUUACCGCAAGACCAUACACCCUGCCACCGGAAAAUCGCCUUCGAUGAUGCUGUUCAACAGGCAGAUCCGGUCUCGACUUGACCUGAUGGUCCCGAACGCUGCAGUGGUGGAAGAAAAGCCCGAAGUAGCCGUUCGAUCGCUUCCCGAGGGGGCGAGAGUUGCUGCUCGUGACUUCCUGAGCAAGGACAAGUGGAAGUACGGUCACGUUGCUGAAAAGCUGGGCAAACUUCACUACAACAUCAAGCUGGACGACGGUCGACUCUGGAAGCGCCACAUCGACCAGCUGCGAGAAGUCGGAGCGAACCUGCCGUCUGGACGUCCAGAGAUACCAGCUGAGUGUUUCGAGCCAGACAUCGUGCCAGUUGCUCCACGAACCAAUCCAGUACAACACACGCCACAAGCUGCUGCCGCUGUACCUACACCGGCGGCCAACCCGAUUGCUGAACCGCAAUCAGCGCGGAGUGCUGCGGCUACUCCCAAACCGCCGGAACCACCUGCGAUACCGAAGCCGAAAUCGCAAGGACCACUUGCGGUGCCGAAGCUGAAAACGACGAACGCUGCUGGUAGAUCCGAGGCAAACAACCAGCAAUCACCGCGACGAUCGACAAGAGUCAUCAAGCCGCCUCGGAGACUGGACCUGUAG